AUGGGCGGCCAGCUUGCUGGCAACCCGCACCACAGGGACUACAGCUCCGGAAGCGUGGCCUACGCGGGGAGCCAGGAUUUCAGGGGCGGCAGCGUGGACUUCAGGGGCGGCAGCGUGGACUUCAGGGGCGGCAGCGUGGACUUUAGGGGCGGCAGCCAGGACUUCAGGGGCAGCAGGGAUGGCAGCGUUGCUGGGGAGUGGGGGCGGUACCCCGGGCCGCAGGGACCGUACGUCGGCGGGAUGGCGGUGCCGGGGCUGAUGGGCCACACGCUGGGGCGGCCGAUGCCGUACCAGGGCCUGCCGCCGGUGGGGCCGGGGAGCGCCUGGCCGGGCGCCCCGCCCGCCGGGAUCCAGCAGCUGGAGAGCGCGCCACCCGCGCACGGUCUGCACAGGCUUCCUUGGAUCUCCCAGAGCGCCUACCAGCGCCCUUCUCCGAUCGAUCCCCCCGCCCGCAUCCUCGCCUUCCUGUCGCCGUUUCUUACGUGGCCGGACGCCAAGCGCGCCGCCAAGGCCCGCCAGGCCGGCCUCACCGGCGCCCGCUACAGGAGACUGACGCAGGCGGCCGCCGGCAUCCGGGACGCCGUGGCAGCGCUCUGGGCGGACGGAUGCCAGACCACGGCGUGCGAGCUGUGGGACCUGGUGGGCGUCGUCGUGGAACACCAGGAUGGGCACGUUGAACCCUCGCACUGCUGGGUGGCGGGACGCGCCCUGCAAUCAGCAGCAUGCGACUUGCCGUUUGCCUUCAGCGUGCACACCUUCAUGGGCCCCGGCCGGCCUUGCAUAGGUGCAAGGGCGAACAUAUCAGCAGAGGCGUCGUGCAUCUCGACCUCCAGCUCAGAUCCACCAGAGCUGCCCAAGCUGAAGGUCCUUCCGCCCGUGUCGUCUGCCAACCAGCCACAGCCUGACGGCCAGGGCUCCAAAGGCCCCGCAGACAGGUCCGACAGCCCCUCAACUGGCUACCAGAAAGGCGCGGAGGGGAGCGAGUCCCGGGGCAAAGGGGCUGUCGGCUAUGGCCGCUCCUCCUCCUUGCCCUCCCCCCAUGGGUCGGCCUAUGACGAGCGUGGAGGCCGUCCACAGGGAACCAGGGGUGUGGGGGACUUUGGGCCCGCAAGCCAGGGCUAUGACUCUGGCAACGCCAGGCCUGAAGGCACCAGCAGCGGCGGCUCAUCCUUGUCGCUGACGCAGACAGGCUGGCCCCCGGGGACCGACGCUCAGCUAGAGUCCAAAAAAGUCGACGAUGAUUCGGAGAGGCACAAAGAGAACAAGCGUCUGAUCCUGUCAGCACCGGCAGGCCUGAACGAGUGCACUCCCCUGUUCAGCAGCUCAUCGAGCCAGGGCAGUGCAGAAGAGCUGGAGACAGCGGACUUGAGUGCGUUCCUCAGGAGUGACAGUGGGAAGCUUGAGGCCCAGCUAAAGCGCCAGCCCAUGCUGCUGCCCGAUGUGCCGAUGACGGACACGCCUUUCCUGACGGAUAAGCAGGCAGAGGCGACGAUCAGCGAGCCAUCAACCGCAACACAGCCGUCCAUGUCCAGGGCUGCGCUGUGGGUGUGGGGGCUGAGCUACCCAGACCCCAACCGGCCAGAGCAUGCAGUGGCCGAGCUGCACCCUGCUCCAGACGAAGAAGACCCCCAGUGGUGCUCCAGGUCCGAGGACCUGCCCACCUUGGAGGAGGAGGAAGAGGUGGACGAGGACGACAAGAUGUUCAUGGCGGGGUCCACGGAUGGCCACGACGUGCGGGUGUCACCAGUGAGCUCGUCCCAGAGCCAGGGGGGCAUCAUGAGGAGCCUGAGCCUGUCACAGGCGCAGCCAGCGUCUGCCCAGCACGGCAGGGGGAGCGCUCGGGGGGUGGACCCCAGUGACGCGUUGAGCGGAUCGUCCUCAAGGGGCGAGGCGGUCGGGACAGGUUCGAGGGGCAGCCGGGCGAAGAAGGGGGCAGGUCUGACACAGGGCGAGCUGGCGAUGCUGGGCAUCCACGGGACCUUGGGGGGCUUCGAGGAGGAGGGCAGGGAAAAGAGGAAGAAGUCUUUCAAGAGGCUGUCGAAGCUCAUCGUGGGGAUGAGGCGGCUGUGGCCAGCGGCAGACUGCAUGCGGCCGGACGCGGCAAGGAUCUGUGCGGGGAAGUCUUUCGGUUCCAAAGAGGGGGCAAAUGCAAGAGUGAUUCGGGAGCUGCCUUACGAGGACAAUCCCACGGCGGACGUCGAGCUGGAUGCGGACGAAAUGGGGGGCAGCAUCGACGAGUUGGACCAGGAGGGUGUGUUAGAAGAUGAGUUUGUAGACGGUGUGCAGUAUAGGGAUAGGCAGGCAGGAGGGGUGGCGGGUGUUGGAGCGGCUUACGCCAGGGCGGAUGGCUCAGCCAGGCAGCGUGAGCGCCGCACAGCGGUGCCUGCAAAGGUACAGGAGGAGGUCCCUGGCCACGUGCUGAAGGACCCUGUGAGUUUGAACGCUGGCCUGGCGAGGGGCGGCACGCGGCGUCAUGAGGGCAGUGGGGACUCCAAGGAACCGGUCAGCACAGGUGGGGAGUCGCAGGAGGGUCCGACGCCCAGGGCGCGCCACCCCAACCCCGGGUACCCAGAGUCAUCUGUGGACUCGAUCAGGAACGCAGCUCUGGAGCAGCUGCUGGCCCAGCAGGGUGGGGAGCAGGCUGUGGGCACAGCGGCCAGGAGCCGAGAGGGGCUGUUUGGCAUGGCCAGCUCGGUGAGCCUGCCCGUGAAUGAUCUUGGGGAUGGCAGGUACCUCAUCUCAGGCCACCUGAUGGGCAUCGGGCAGUAUCAGGUUAGUGUGAAGAUUGGAGGCCGCCAUGUGCAGGGAAGCCCAGCGGUCAUCAAGACCGUACCUGCUGCCCAGCUGGGUAGCGGCAUCUCGCACGAGGGCCCUUUCUACCCCCACGCCUCCCUGCCCUCCAUCCCCCUCCACCCCAUGGGCCUGUGCCCCGACCCCGACUUCCCCCCGUGCCACUCCGCCUCCUAUGAUGCGGAGCGCCUGGCCUACGCCCACAAUCACCCCCACAUCGGCACUGCGGACAUUCUGUUUGUGGUGGAUGCCACGGCCAGCAUGGCAGCCGAGCUCGCUGAGCUGCCGAGGGUGGUGAUCGAGGUGGCCAACGCGUUGGCAGGGGCAGUGCUGUGCAAGAGGGCACGCUGGGGGGUGCUGGCAUACAGGGACCACUGGCCAGAGGACGACCAGCCACAGGUGCUGACCAAGUUGGAUUUCACGGAGGACAUAGAGAAGGUAUGCCAGUUCAUAUCAAGGUUAGAAGCCAGUGGUGGGGGCGAUUAUCCAGAGGCCCUUGAGGCUGCCUUGCAUGAGGCCGCAGACGGGGUCACAUGGUGGCCUUUCUCAACUCGAGUGGUAAUUUGGGUUGGGGACGCACCACCACACGGAUAUCAGGGGAUGGGCCCGCAGCAGGCAGCUGAACUGGAAGGCGAUCUUGGGAGGGCAAGAGAGAGGCUGCUGCAGGCGGCAACGGCUGUUGAGAAGAGCAUGAGGGAUGGCAGGGCAGCAGCGCUGUGGACAGAGUGGGACACACAGCUUGUAUCCGCCCUCAAUGCCUGUGAUGGGGUUGCAAAGCACCACGACAAUUUCCCACUGGGGGUGCCUGGGAGCAUCAAAUGGGAGGAGGCCGCCGAGCACCUGGCGUCCACGGGCGCGCGAGUCAUCGCCCUUGGCUUCCGGGAUGCCAUAUUUCACUCCCCCUCUGAGGCCUGUCUGAGGACGAUCGCUCACAUCACAGGUGGUGCUCUGCUGGAGGUGGGGGCCCUGGACGGGUCCCUUGUUGGCCCCUUGGUGGGUGCAGUGGUGGAAGAGAUGCUCGACCAGCAGCUAGUGGAAGAGGAGGUGUGCGACCUCCUCCUAUGCCUCCACCACGACCUGCGCGGCCAGCUGGCCCUCGACCAGCGCUACACCAUCAUCGAGACCAUGAACCAAACAGACAAAGCCGUCCAGCGGCUGCAGGUCGUUCCGGACGAUGGCGGCCGCUCGGCUGCAGGCUCCCGCGCCGGCGCCCCCUCCAGCCAGCCACUCUCCCCGGGUGCCUCGGAAUCGGGCAGCAGGCGGCAGGGAUCGGGAGACUCGUCCCAGACGCGGCUGGGGACUUCAGAGGGCGGUGGGGGGCAGCAGAGGCGGCGUGGUGAGUCUGUUGGCAGCGAGGCCACUACGAAGUCGACGGAGUGCAGCCUGCUGCUGGGCAUGAGGAGGGUGCAGUGCGAUGAGGCCGUGCUGGCCCAGGUGUACCAAGGGAUCCGGUCCAAGGCAGAGACUGUGGGGAGGGCGCUGCAGAAGGGGUUUGUGACGCGGUCCAGUUGGCUGGCCAGCGCGGAGGGCAGCCUGUCGAAGAUAGACAUGUGGGGGCGGCAGGCGAACUGGAAGAUGUGCGAGGAGUUCAGGACGUCCCCGGUGUCGCUGAGGUACCUGCUGGCGGAGAGGACCAUCUUGGGGAUGCUGUAA